AUGGAUAUGAUGGCUACAACAAAGCACCCUGGUGCCUACACUCAAGAGUAUUCUUUACCUGCUGAUUUGGAGUCACAGUCAUGGUUUGCAGACUCAGCCAUUCCUAUUGACUCUCAAACACAUGUGUCUGUCAUACAACCUAAUAUAGUACAGGGAGGUAUCCUAUUUGUGCCAGAUUCUUUUGACCAGACUAAGUCUGCUAACAAUAUUCAUGACAAGUCCCCUCAGGAUCAAACUAUGCCUCAUUUUUCUACUGUCUCACAUAUCUUAUCUCAUAAGUCUGCACACUCUGCUACUGCAUUAGACUCUAAAAUCCUACAUAACCCUGAUAGGUCUGCAUCAUUAAAUAAUACAGCUUAUUGCAAUUAUAAUCCCUUGCCAACUGUCACUAAUAUUGAACCUAAUACUUUUUCUUAUCCAAAGGAUCGUGAAAGUGAUUCCUCCAAAAAUACUCUUGAAAGUCCAGAGGACAAUAUUCUUGAGGUAUCUUUUUCAGUACUUAAGUCUAAAAUCUUAGAAACUCCCCUUAUUGAUUCUAAUCAGAAAAAUUCUCCUCUUGACAUUGAGUUGUCUCCAAGUCACAACAUUACUUCUCCUCCCAAAAAUUCUUUCUGCUCUAAUGAACUUACUAUUUCCUCCUGUAUUCCCAUUUUAGACUUCUCUCAAUCUCUUACUAUUGUUAGCAGUAAACCUUUGGUGUCACCAACUAAAAACAGUCAUCCCAUGCUCACUAGAUCCAAGACUGGUCAUUCCAAACCUAAGGCUUUUAUAGCACAAACUGAGUCUGAACGAACCAGCUUCAAACAAGCUCUACUUAAACCCUCUUUGGAUAAAGCUAUGCAGGAUGAAAUAAUGCUUUACAAGCUAAUAAAACCUAGUCUUUAA